AUAUUUUAUCUACCUACUGCAUGAAGCUAUAGAGGAUGUUGUCACUGUUCUGAAUAUAUUACACACUGCUCCAUAUAAAAAUGUCAGAAUUCGCGAUCUCUUAUCAGCGAGGAUUACAAACAAUAUUCAGCUGUCCCAUUCAGGAAACAUAAACCAAAAACACAGCGAAGGUUCCUCUUAUCGAUGCUUAGUACAAUGUACAUUUUUCGGCGGUACAUCCUGUACCGGGAAGUAUAUCUGUUUACCCUAUGUCAGGUCGGAGGCAUAUAAAUACGCACUCGCGGUAUUUUAGCGCACACUUUCUUGCGACUCCUGCGAGCCUGGUACUUCGCUGAAUUUAUUUUAAUAAUUUCGCUAAAAUGGCUAAAGUUAUUUUACUUUUAUUUGUAAUUUCGGUGUGUAAAGGGUUCCCUCUAGAAGAUGAUGACGUAGUUAUAGAAGCAGCGAAUAGCAUAGAUGGUACUGAUGAUGAUGAUGUAAAGAUCAAUUUGUCGCAUCUAGGACCUCAGCUAUACGGUUCUCCUAACAGUGAAAGCGGUGACGCAGUAGCGAAAUGGAACGAGUCUUCACCCAUGAACCCUGAGGAAAUGGGGGAGUACGCAGAGGGUGAUAUACUCAUCCCAAAGCUGGGGAGAAACGGGAUGAGAGAUGAGACCUCACGGUGGCCUAACGGCAUCAUACCUUACGUCAUCGAAGGACGAUACAAUCAAGAGCAACGCGACACCAUCAUGAAGGCGAUAGCUGACUACCACCGCUUGACGUGCCUCCGCUUCGUCCCGUACAACGGCCAGAAAGACUACAUCACCAUACAGAGCGGCAAUACCGGGUGCUGGUCCAGCGUUGGACGGAUCGGUGGGCGUCAAGAAGUAAACCUGCAGAACCCGGGCUGCGUGUCCAAAAAGGGCACGGUAUUGCACGAACUUCUACAUGCUGUGGGAUUUAUGCACGAGCAGAGCCGACCAGAGCGUGAUGACUAUGUGGAUGUGCGCUACCAGAACAUUAAGUCAGGCUCGGAGAACAACUUCAAGAAGUCGGACGCCAAGCACACGAACGACUUCGGCGUGAGUUACGACUACAACAGCGUCAUGCAUUACUCCGAGUACGCCUUCUCCAACAACGGACGGAAAACUAUCGAGCCCAAGGUUGGCGGAGUGACCCUGGGCCAAAGGGAAGGCUUGAGUCGCGGCGACGUGAAGAAGGUUAACUCCAUGUACAACUGCCAGAAAGAGGAGCCCCAGAGCGGCUGGCUCGGAGCGGUGUGGCAGGGAUUCUUCGGAUAGAGAUUCGGACUUUAAUUAUUCGGUGCUUGCUAUAUGACAAACCAAUAGAAUAAACCAC